CGCGUCCCGAAGGUGGGUCCCACGCGGGGUCAACAUGAGGAUCGAAAAGUGUUAUUUCUGCUCCGGGCCGAUCUACCCGGGGCACGGCAUGAUGUUCGUCCGCAACGAUUGCAAGGUGUUCCGAUUCUGCAAAUCCAAGUGUCAUAAAAACUUUAAGAAGAAGAGAAACCCACGCAAGGUCAGGUGGACUAAAGCCUUCCGGAAAGCAGCUGGCAAGGAGCUCACGGUGGACAACUCAUUUGAAUUUGAAAAACGUAGAAAUGAACCUGUGAAAUACCAGCGUGAGCUGUGGAAUAAAACUAUUGAUGCCAUGAAGAGAGUUGAAGAGAUCAAACAGAAGCGCCAGGCCAAAUUUAUAAUGAACAGGUUGAAGAAGAACAAAGAGCUCCAGAAGGUGCAGGACAUCAAGGAGGUCAAGCAGAACAUCCAUCUCAUCCGGGCUCCUCUCGCUGGCAAAGGAAAGCAGCUGGAGGAAAAAAUGGUCCAGCAGUUACAGGAGGAUGUGGACAUGGAGGAAGCUUCCUAACGGUGCUGCCCGCAACCAGCCCUGAGCACGCUGGAGUGGAGUGGAGACUUUCGGCCCCUAAGUUAUUCAUUGGUUCCAUAAGGUCCUUCAGACAAGGGUGAUUCAAUGUGCUUCCCCCUUCAACGUUGCAGCCUGUAAAAGCAUCCCCUUGUGGGUGUUAGGUCUCAGCUCAGCACUCUGCUUCACUGUGUUAUGCGCACGCAAACAGGAAAGUUUGUGUGUAGAUGAAGACAUGAACUGUGGGCAUAAAAUGGUUGAGCCAGUUGUCUUCCUGUGUGAAAUCCGAAUGAUGUACUAUUUUCCGUGCGUUGGGAUAGUCUGUUUAUUAGGGUUAUUGAGAUGGAGGUCACGCAAGGAACUGACUGUUCUCAUGUCUACCUGACUUUUUUUUUGUUUUGGUCUAGUAUGUUUAGUAAUUUCUGACAGUUGCAUAAUGGCAGCACACAACACAGCACAGCUUAGUUUUGUUGGGCCGUCUGACCUGCUUCAGCCAUUCAGCCUGCAGCUGUGAUGUUGGAGGUGGGCUGGGUUGUUAAACUUUGCCUGAAUGUCCAGGUUGUGACAUCUGUCCGGAAAGAUUCUCCUUUCCUUCCUGCCCAGCAUUGAUCUAGAAGCAGAAGAAGAAUCUUGGUGCCUUUCAAAGAUUAGGGUGUGGUUUGUUUUCUCUCCCUCUUCCUCUCCCUCUCUUCCUUUUUUUUUUCUUUUCCUUUUCCUCUUUUCCUCUUUUCCUUUUUUUUUUUUUUUUUUUGGAGACAUGAUCUCUUUGUGUAGUUCUGGCUGUCCUGAAACUCACUCUGUGGGUCAGUCUGCUUGGCACUCACAAAGAUCCCUUGCCUCCUGAGUUACGGGAUUAAAGGCGUGCACCAUCGUAUCCAGUAUUUUUUUUAAAAACCUUAAAAAGACAACUAAAAAGAAACUCUUGCUUUUGGAAAGUAGAAUUUAUGGAUAGAAUGCUAACUGUUAUUUGUACAUAAAUAAAGCCCUUUCUAAAGUGCA